AUUGUUGGGCGGGAGUUUGGGGAUGGCCUGGCUUCGUCUUACUCCCAACGUUAAUAGCGGAGGAGCAAGCCCUCCCAGCGUUCCUCCUCCCAGUCUGAGCGGGGCAGGCUUGCGAGGUUACCUAGGCUCUGUGGCCACCAUCAUGCAUGCAUGGAGUGAAAAACAGUUUCGAGCAUACGCAGCACCCUGUACUUGGGAGAGAGCCCCGAGACAGCCCUCAGCCCUGUUGGCUGGUGGUCACGGGGCGUCUGAGGGGCUCCCCCUCCCCUCCUUAGCCCUGGCAAGGAGAGCGACGGCUGCCCAGCGGGUGGGUGGGCGAGCUCAACAGCCACCAUCUUUGCUCGCUCCUGCUCUCUUCUGCAGCGCUUGGCGGGGGAGUUAGCAAAGGCCUGGCCUCAGAGGCGGCGCCCUGCCGGGCUGGCUUGGUUGAUGCCCGCCGCACAGGAUGGAUCAGGCCUGCGAAGUAAGCAGGAGGGGCUGCCUGCCCCCUUUCGCCGGCUCGUUGGCGUUAGAUGCAGCGGAGGACGGGGACAGCCCUUAUGCGGGGGAGGGUCAGAGCUGUAGCCCCGAGCCACGUAAUGGGUGCACCAUGCAGCUAGCCUCCGCAGCGUCCAAAGCGGCCUUUGGCCAAGACCCUUCCUCCUGCUACAUCCCGCUGCGGAGACUGCAGGAUUUGGCCUCCAUGAUCAAUGCCGAAUAUCUGAAUGGCUCAAAAGAUGGUUCGGACGGUUUGCAGGAACUGGAAAGGAGCGACUUCAACCCCGAGUCCCCGGAGUUCUGCGCUUCUUCAGUGUUGGCCGAUCCAGAAGACUUGGGCCCCCAGCAGGACUCUGCAAGGCUUCUUGAUUUUGAUACUCUCGCUCCUUGUUUGGAAGAGGACAAGGAGGUCGAUUCUGAAGCAUCAUUCUUAACAGCAGAAGAAAACCCAGAAGAAGGAAUUACUUUUGUGACAGAAAAUACAGCUAUGGCCACGUGCAGCCAGGAGGCAGAGACUGAGAACGGGACAGAACUGACUCCAGAGAAUCAGCAAGGCAGCCCCAUAGAAAUUAGGCACAAUGAGACCAUUUCUGCCCUGUUAUCAAACCCCAUUCAUGCAGAGCAAAUACAAAGUAACACUUGCAAAGCGUCUCCAGUAGGAAGUAAAACUGAGCAAGUAGACUUACACUCAGUGUCUUAUUUGCCUGGAGAUACAGACCUGAAAACCGAAAAACAAUUCAGCAGUACAAAGAUAUCUGAAAAAGAAGAACCUGAUCAUAGUUCCAUCACAUUAGGAAAUUUAAUAGAAAGACUUGAAACGUCUAUCACAAAACCAUCAACAACAGGAUUACCAUCUGUUCAGAGCAAGAAGAAACCUUCUCCAGUGAAGUAUGAAGCUGGAGAUCUUGUGUGGGCAAAGUUCAACAGACGUCCAUGGUGGCCCUCUAAAAUUUGUCAUGAUCCUGUGCUAGACACUCAUUCAAAAAUGAAAGUUUCGAAUCGCAGACCGUUUCGGGAAUACUAUGUGGAAGCCCUAGGAGACCCAUCUGAAAGAGCCUGGGUUGCAGGAAAAGCUAUUGUAGUCUUUGGAGGAAGACAUCAAUUUGAAGAACUGCCUGUCCUUCGAAGAAGAGGGAAGCAAAAAGAGAAAGGUUACAGGCACAAGGUUCCCAAGAGAUUUGUCGCUAAAUGGGAGAUCAGUGUUGGCCUUACAAAUGAAUAUCUUAAGCAAAAUGUAACUCAAAAAUGCAUCCAGACUUCUAGCAAAGCAGAACCUGAGAAGGAUGUACAUUUAAAGGAAUCUUGUACAAAAAACAUCUUAAAUGAACAAAGGAGGCAAGUAAAUGGAUAUUUUAAAUCACUGGCUUCGGACUCCAAAUAUUUGACCAAUGAAAAGGGAAAGACAUUAACUAAACCACGAAUCAAGAAGAGCUCUGACACCAGAAGGAAGACUAGAGUUAAAAAAAGUAGCACCAAAUCCAAGGCAUCCAAGAGAGAAAGUGAGGGGAAAGUGCCAGUGAGCAAAGUUAAAAACAUGAUUGCUACAGAUCUCCCAGAUAAGCAGGCAUCUCAUGAACUUUGCAGGAUAGCAAAGAGCCUAAUGGGAUCCAAAGGCACCGUGGAAGACUACUUGCUCUCUUCUUUUGGAGAGAAACAAUUUGAAAACAACUCAAUGGAAACAGAAUACGGGCUCUCCGAUGGAGAUUAUCAGCAGGAGACACCCAAAGUGGAUUUGAAGAAAGAGAAGACUCCAGCACACUUUAUGUGCAAUUCAGAACUAGAGAAGCACUGUUUUGAAGCUGAUGCUGGAACUGAGAGGAAACAAAUGGAUUCUGACUUGUCAGAUAAUGGUACCAGCGAUCUAGACCCCCUUGACCAAAGUAUAGCAUCAGCAGCCUAUGGUGUCCUGAAAAAUGGUGACUCUGUAAAUAAAAGAGGAAAGGAACUGUGUUCAGGGCAAAGACAUGUUAAACGUACUGCAUGUGUCUCAAAAAGCAACAAUAGAAGUAACAAACCUCUGGAAGGCUCUCUAGAUAGGAAUUCCAGUGUUGAAGCAGGAGGUGAGGAAUUCCAUGAGCCAUCCAUUGCAGCUGAGGUGGCUUCAGUUUACAGGAAUGACAAUCUUACCCUUGUAGAUAAGCACACUACACUCCAAAGCAGGGGGUUUACCGGUCAAAUGGACACCAAACAGCCUCAGUUCAGAAGUAUAAAAUGCAAACAUAAAGGAACUGCUGCUGCGACAGAGUCCUCUUGUAUGGAAGAUGAAUGUAGCCCCAACUGCUGCUUUUCUGCUACCAAAGGUUCUCCUGGGUCUCAGUUAGAUACACCUGCCAAAAAUGGGAAGGUUGAUGGCCCCACACUGCCAAACAGCACAAAUGAGGAAUCCCGCGAUUCUGCUGAAAUAGAAACAGCAGUUGUGAAGCAUGUGCUUUCAGAACUGAAGUCGCUGUCUUGUAGGUCCAUGAAUGAUGAAGCUGAAGACUGUGGGACAUCUAAGACCACAGUGCCCUUACUUUUCUCAUCUGUCUCUGGGCAGAAUCAUUUGCCUAUUGAGCCCGAUUAUAAAUUCAGCACCUUAUUAAUGAUGUUGAAAGAUAUGCAUGAUAGUAAGACAAAAGAAAAACAAAUAAUGACUACUCAGAACAUAGUCUCUUAUAGAAGUUCUAACAGCGGUGAUAGUUCUGGAAAUAACACUCCGAGUGAUUUGACAUCUUUGCCUACAAUGGAAACCACUCAUAAAUUAGAAAAAAGUCGAGAUAGUGUUCAAGAACCAGAGUGUCAGAAACCCAAAGAAGGUCAGUCCUCUUUUUCACAUGGUAUCGCAACCAAGUUGAUCGAUCCCGGUGCUAACAAAAGGGAACUCACAAAUUCUACUGUUUCUGGUACAAACUGCACCACAAGGCGCAGCUGUCCAAAAUCUAAGCAUCUAUCCAAACUAGUAGCUAAUGCAACAUCAAAGAGCAAGUCACUAAAUCGGUUGUCCAGUGCAGCUGAGAAUGUGCCCCACCAGCAUAGAGCUGCUCAAGGCUCAGUUGCUAGUCCUCUAGACAAUGCAAAGGAAGAUAUUGCAAGGAAAGUAUCUCGGGAGUUGAAGGGACACUCCCCUGAUGAAGACUCUGCAAGUUCCUCUGAUGACAGUUUAGUUCGUAUAAGAAUGAAGUCAGAAUCUGAUAAAAAGAGAGAGAGCUACACUUCCUUUGAAAAUGGGGAGUGCCUAGAGUUGGAUUCAGGACUGAAUAGAGAAGGCUCGCUGAGUGAUGAGCCUAAAGAUGUAAGCCACAUAGCACCCAAAAAGCGAUGGCAGCGUUUUAACCAAAGCAGUGCUAAAGCUGGAGCACAUUCAGAGAAGAAACGCCUUAGAAAGCCAAGUAAGCGGCUUUUAGAAUAUGCAGAAGAAUAUGAUCACAUUUUUGCACCUAAGAAGAAAAAGAAGAGCCAGGAACCAGUUCGGAAGGCGAGUGCUCUAGAGAAGUCUGAAAUCAAACAGGAUUGUAACACUGACAAUGAAGGUCAAAGUAAACCUCUAGAAAAGAAGUCUUCGGAUACAGAUUCACUUGCUUCUUCAUCUAAAGAGUCACCUCCAGUCCUUGAAGCUGAGCGUUCUCUGUUGGAUGAACCUGACUCCCAUUCCAUGGAGCCAAGAUCUGAAAUGCCAGUUUUGACACUGUCUUCACCAAAUGCGUUGGAAGCUGCUGCUGCUGCUGCUGCUGCUGCUGCUUCUGCUGCUUCUCCUUUACCUUUACAAGGAGAAGAACAGGUAGUGAAAUCAGGGAGCUUUGAGAGCAAGCGCCAGAGAAAGCCAACAAAAAAGCUCUUGGAAUCCAAUGAUCUGGAUACCACAUUUAUACCAAAGAGAGAGUGGACUUCCAUAAAGAAGUGUUCUGAGGCUGGUCCUUUGGAUACUGACAUGUCUGAGUUUUAUUCCACAUCUCAACUUGUGGACACUAGUGAAGCUCCUGAAAAGGUUCCUGGGAAACAGAGAAAGCGAAAGCGGCAGCGGCGUACUUUAACUGCAGCUCCGUAUAAAAAAGAAAGGGAUGACAGUGGAAUAGGAGAAACCCCAGAAUCUGAGGAACAUACGGCUACUCAUGGAAGCUCCAAGGAGACUACUGAAGAAGGGUCUGAAAAUGACCACGGAGUGCCUUCAUCCAAAAGGAUGCAGGGAGAGCGAGGAGGAGGAGCUGCCCUCAAGGAGAAUGUGUGUCAGAUCUGUGAAAAACCAGGCGAGUUGUUGCUGUGUGAGGCUCAGUGCUGCGGUGCUUUCCAUCUGCAGUGCCUUGGGCUCUCAGAAAUGCCUAAGGGCAAGUUUAUCUGCACUGAGUGUUCCACAGGGGUGCACACAUGCUUUGUAUGCAAGAGCAGUGGAGAAAAUGUGAAGCGUUGCUUGCUUCCUUUGUGUGGGAAGUAUUAUCAUGAAGAUUGUAUACAGAAGUACCCGCCCACAGUCAUGCAGAACAAGGGCUUUCGAUGCUCACUGCACAUCUGUAUGACUUGCCAUGCAGCCAACCCAGCAAAUGUCUCUGCAUCUAAAGGUCGCUUGAUGCGUUGUGUUCGAUGCCCUGUUGCAUACCAUUCAAAUGAUUUCUGCCUCGCUGCUGGGACAGUGAUCCUUGCUUCCAACAGCAUGAUCUGCCCAAAUCAUUUUACCCCUCGAAGGGGCUGCAGAAACCAUGAGCAUGUAAAUGUCAGCUGGUGUUUUGUCUGUUCUGAAGGUGGGAGCCUUUUGUGCUGUGAGUCCUGCCCUGCUGCAUUUCACCGGGAAUGUCUGAACAUUGACAUGCCGGAGGGGAGCUGGUACUGCAAUGACUGCAAGGCUGGCAAGAAACCACACUACAAGGAGGUGGUCUGGGUGAAAGUGGGGCGUUAUAGGUGGUGGCCGGCUGAGAUUUGCCAUCCUAGGACCAUCCCUGUCAACAUCCAGAAGAUGAAACAUGUCAUUGGUGAAUUCCCUGUGCUGUUUUUUGGAUCAAAUGAUUACCUUUGGACCCACCAGGCUCGAGUCUUUCCCUAUAUGGAAGGAGAUGUAAGCAGCAAGGACAAGAUGGCCAAGGGAGUUGAUGGCAUUUACAAGAAGGCUCUGCAUGAAGCUGCUGUAAGAUUUGAGGAGCUAAAGGCACAGAAGGAAAUGAGGCAGUUACUGGAAGACAAGAAGAAUGAUAAGAAGCCACCUCCUUACAAACACAUCAAGGUAAACCGACCCGUUGGCAAAGUACAGAUCUUCACAGCAGACCUGUCUGAGAUACCGCGCUGCAACUGCAAGCCUGGGGACGAAAACCCCUGUGGCUUAGACUCUGAGUGUAUCAAUCGCAUGCUGCUGUAUGAGUGUCACCCUGCAGUCUGCCCAGCUGGGGAGCGCUGCCAAAACCAGUGUUUCACCAAGAGACAGUAUCCUGAAGUAGAAAUCUUCCGCACACUGGCACGAGGCUGGGGCUUGCAAGCCAAAAGAGAAAUUAAAAAGGGUGAUUUUGUGAAUGAAUAUGUGGGAGAACUGAUAGAUGAGGAGGAAUGCCGAGCCAGAAUCCGCUAUGCUCAAGAUCAUGAUAUCACCAACUUCUACAUGCUAACAUUGGACAAGGAUCGAAUAAUUGAUGCAGGACCAAAAGGCAAUUAUGCUCGAUUUAUGAAUCAUUGCUGCCAGCCCAACUGCGAGACUCAGAAGUGGUCAGUAAAUGGAGAUACUCGGGUUGGCCUUUUUGCCCUUACAAAUAUCAACGCCGGGACUGAACUGACUUUCAACUACAACCUGGAGUGUCUGGGGAACGGAAAGACCGUUUGCAAAUGUGGUGCUCCCAACUGCAGUGGCUUCCUUGGAGUACGACCAAAGAAUCAGCCCCCUGCCUCAGAAGAUAAGUCCAAGAAGUUCAAACGACGGCAUGGAAAGCGCAAGUCGCAGGCAGAAAUCAUGAAGGAGCGAGAAGAUGAAUGUUUCAGUUGUGGGGAUGGAGGGCAGCUGGUUUCCUGUAAGAGGCCCGGCUGUCCAAAGGUGUAUCAUGCAGACUGCCUCAGUCUGACCAGGCGUCCUGCAGGAAAAUGGGAGUGCCCUUGGCAUCAGUGUGAUGUAUGUAGCAAAGAAGCAGCUUCCUUCUGUGAGAUGUGUCCCAGAUCCUUCUGCAAGCAGCAUCGCGAAGGCAUGCUAUUCAUCUCUAAAUUGGAUGGACGCCUAUCAUGUACAGAACAUGAUCCUUGUGGCCCUAAUCCUCUAGAGCCAGGAGAGAUUCGUGAGUAUGCACCUCCCACAGAAUCAGCAACUGGCUGUCAAAACACUCAGCCAUCAGAGCAGCAGCCCACGGCCACGAGCCCGAAACCUCAGCCAUCAGAGAGGCUACCUCUGACUGUGGCUCUGAGGCUGCAAUCUUCAGAUAAACCACCUUCCUCUUCGUUGGCUCUGAGACUAAAGUCCUCAGACAAGCCACCUUCCUCUGUUGCACUGAAGCUACAGCCCUCAGAUAAAUCACCCUCCACCGUGGCGUUGAGACUACAACCCUCAGACAAACUGCCCUCCACCCUAGCCCUAAGCUUAAAACCCUCAGACAAACUGCCCUCCACCCUAGCCCUGAGGUUAAAGCCCUCAGACAAAUUAUCCUCAGCCCUUGCCCUUAGAUUGCAGUCAUCGGACAAGCCCCUCUCUGCUGUGGCUCUUAGGCUACAUUCCUCAGAAAAAUCACCCUCCACGGCUGUGGCCCUGAGGUUACAGCCCUCUGAAAAGCUAGCCUCCACCAUUGCCCAGAAGUUGCAACCCUCAGAAAAGCUAUCCUCCACUGUAGUCCAUGAGUUACAGCCCUCGGACAAGCCAUCCACCACAGAGGCAUCAGGACCUGAAGACAAGCCACCUGCCAAAGAGGCGUUGGAACCUCAGACAUCAGACAGAAUUCCCACUAUGGAGUCACCAGGGCCAGAGAUGUCAGACAGGUUAUCUUCUGCAGACACCUCCAGCUCCCAGAUGUUAGACAAGCCACCUGCCACAGACACACCAAAUCUCCAAAUGAUGGACAAGCCUGCAGAGGCUCUGAGGGCUCAGCCACUGGAUAAAGCCAUUUCUGUUGGCCCACCGCCCCAGCCUUCAGGCAAGUCUGUUGCUCCUCUGAGCCCUCAGGCAGUGGUCAGGCCAGUCUCCCCCAUAGCCUUGAGGUCUAAACCAUCAGAAAAGCCAGUCACUUCUAUGGGACUGCGGCCUCAGACACCCAACAGGCUUUCUACCCCAGCGGAUGCUCAGCCUGUGCCAUCAGACAAGCCGUCUACCACCACAGGCCUGAGGCCUCAUCUGUCAGACAGGCUUCCUGCCCCAAGAAGCCCGAGGCCUUUGCUUUCGGAGAAAGCACUGAGGCCUGUUGACCAGAAUGCUCAGCCAAAAGAAAAAGGCUCUGUGACUGUGGAGCAGAACCCUCAGCAGAAAGAACGGACAUCUGUAUCUGAUGAGCAGUCUUGUAGGCCUACAGGGAAAUUUUCAACAUACAUGGGGCAAACUACCUGCCCUCUAGAAAACUUGCAAAUUCAUGAACAGACCCCUUGGCUCAGUGCAAAAGGACUAUCCUCCCCAGAACAAUUACUUUGGACAGCUGAAAAACGGCAGUGCCCGGAGCCUAGUCAUUGUCCGGGCCAAGAAGUGGAACCUGCACCCUCCAUGGAGCAGGCGUUUUGGUCAACGGAAAGAUUGUGUGCAUUUGAACAACCUCCUUGGCCUGUGAGGGAAGCUCCAUUGCCUUCCGGGCAAACUUCGUGGCUAACCAGAAACAUUCAGACAUUUGAGCAGAUCUCUUGGCUCUCUGGGAAAGCACAAACACCUGUGGGGCCGGUGGUUUUGCCUUUGUCUGAACAAAAUGCGGUGCUAGUAUUGGACCAGGACUCUCCUGGCCGUGAACCUACUGAGUCUAAACCUAAGUAAAGCCAGUUUGAGGCCAGACGGGUCACAAUUUUUUUGUUUUUGUUUUUUAUUGUAUGGGGAAAGGUAUUUUGGUUUUUUGGGUUUGUUUGUUUUUUUUUUAAAUUCUCUUCCCUAGAACCUUAACCUCCAACAACAUCCCAUCAAACUUCUUGUGAUCUAUACAGGUACAUUUCCCUAAAUCUGAAUGACCCCCCCAACCAAGGAGCAAGAAUGUAGAUGGACUGUUCCUUCAUUUUGCAAACAAUAAAGUUGAAAUAAAGGACUCCACUGUGGAUAAACUCUCUAAUUCCAUUGAAAUAAUCCAGUUACUAACCUUGUAUAUAUGAGUGGCAGACCUGCAUCAGUGCUGUAUGUCCUAAAUGCCCCUACAUUGUUCCAAAGAAGUAAUUUCCUUCUGUCUGGUCUCACAAGAUGCAAGUCAGCCGUUCUUCACUGGCACCUCAUGUUUCCAAAUGAUUAACCAAUAUGCUCAGUUAUUGGGACAGAUGAAAGGAAGGUCUUGACACUCCCCUCCCGCCUUCUAAUUCCAUUUCCUUACUGUUCUGCUUUUGGAGUGUUUGCUUGAGAAUAUGCUGCCAAGGCAAAACUUGUCACAUACAGGUGCUUUUUGAAAUAAUGUUACUUGAAGUUAGUUGAGAUGUCCAGUUUUGCCAAGCAGAACAUUUUACUCCUCCAUGAAUGCCUGAGGUAUGCUCUACCAUUGGAGGUGGGGAUUCAAAAAUACCAUUUACCACAUUUUUAUUCUUGGAAUUUAGACUUUUAGUACAAGGCAGUCAGAGUUCCCACUUCUUCAGAAUUGUGACCACUAAGGGUGGCAGCAGGUUAGAUAAAUGAGUAAAUCUCUUUUUUGAAUCUUGCAGUGCAUCAUUGCUGUUUUCUAACUCCCACCCAGUCCUGUCUUUUUGCAGUCAGAAUGAUUAGUAAUGGCAGACAAAUUAAACUUGCCUUCUUUCCCUCCUCCACUGCAAACAUGUGUUUAGGAACCAUGUUUGUAUUCUAUGCUUUGCAGUGUUUGGGGUACUGCUCUGGCUUUAAGCAUAGCCUAAUUCGGAAGGCAGGUUGGACCAGCCCCUUUGAGAAUAAAUGUGUCCAGACUGGAGAUAAGUGUGCUUUAAAAAUCUUUCCUUGAUCAGUCUCUGGCUUAACACAUCUCUCGUCUUAACAAAAAUACUGAAAGAAGACUUGAAUUCACUGGGCUACACUGAAGAGUCUCUGCGUGUCCGAAACAGAGAUGGUUGGGUCAUAGUUCUCACACUGGAACACAAAGGGCUCCAGCAGCUGGCUGAGAUUUUGGUUCUUUUUCCUCUUCUCCAUUUCCUAGUCAGUGUAGCAUUUUAAUGCCUGGUGGAUUACCAGGCUGGUAUUUUGUGCAAAUCUGGGAUAAACAUUUGUUUUCUCCAUCUAGGCAGAAAUGUUACCUGCAGACAUAAAUGCAGCUUCCUGCUUCAUUGAUGAGGUGCUACUGUAAAAUUAUAGCUGAGAAUCAGUAAAAUUACUACUUGGGCCUGAAGAUGGCUAUGUUCCUGCUAGGGGCAGGCAGGCAUACCAUACAAGGUACUUCACAGGGUGGUUUCAGUUCAACACUAUGUCAUCAGGAAGCAGCUUGACCAUCUCCCCUCCCCUCCCCUCCCCACCACACCCCAGGCCAACUUUUUUCUCCUUUAUGUUCUACUUGCCUGGGCAGUUGGAGUCCCACUAUCCGUCUUGCUGAAGUUUCAAGCAGCAAACUCUUGUUCAUCUUCCACUUUGUCCUUUUUAGUUUCCUAGGAUUUUGCUCUGAGCAGGAGUCCUAGUUAUCUCCUAACCCAGAUUGUCUCCUCUUGGAACAGAUAAAGCAGGGGUAUUCAGGUCCUACAGGCAAUUGCCAGUGUUGCAGCUUGUUCUAGCAGCCGUUCAGAUUCUGAUCUAUUACUUUCCCCAGUGUUGGCUUUCUACAAUGACAAUACUUGCUGGGCACUACAAAACAUUCUUUACACCGUGGUGCAUCUCAUCCUCUCUUCUGACCCAUUGCACCUUCUCUGAGUACAGCUUUGCAAAGCAUUAUGGCUAAUGGAAUGUUAGUGCUUUAAAGUUGGUUUGCCUUGAAGACCUGCGGGCUGAGUGCCACUCAUUGCUGAAACAAGGGAAACGCAAACCCCUUUGGUUUCUGUGCAGCUCUUGUACAGGGGGGAACAGGACCCUGCUUCUGAAUGAGACAGAAACAAGAAGCCAAGGGCAUUUUUACUAACACUUUUUAAAAGGAAGAAAAACAAAACACCUUUUUAAACAAGCAAGCCAAACCCAAUCAUGAGGCUCAGUGUAUUAAAUAUUUCUCAUGUCUUUGGGGUGGGGUGGGGGGGAAAUACAGCUCUAAAAUUUCACAUAUUUAGGCCUUCCUGUGAGCUGGACUUUGUCCUGUAGAUUGUGUGUUUAGGGCUUCGUUCGUGUCAGCCCCCUGCCCCCCCCACCGCCAGCCAGCUGUACCUGUAACAUGAAAUAUAUCUGCACUGCUUUGUCCAACUCUGUUCUUGCAUUGUCAUGUGUUCUAACUAGCUAUUUGUUUCAUGGGUGGGGGUGGGGAAAUAAACUGUGAAUAUUUUUGGUGGAGGCUAUUUUAAACCUUCAAAGCAGAGAAAUGUUCAUUUCAAAGUGAAUUGUGCUAAGUGCAGGUUCCACAGAUCAAGUAUGUGACACUGUAGCAGCAGCAGCCUUCCGGAUCCUUGGCUAGGAACUUCUGUUUGAACUAGGUUGAGGUUUUUUGGGUUUUUUUGCAUGGCAUUUCAAACGGGUGUCUCACUUUAUCCUCCACUUCUCCCUUGAGAGCCUCUCCCUUUGUACAGGUUCAGUUUUACAACCUACUCCCACCCUGACUGAUGUGUUUCACAAAAAUAAGAAAUUGCUAAAUCAAACUAAGUAUCUGAUAUAGAAAACUUCACAGAAGUGUAUGUGGGGUGUGCGUGCACAUGCAUGACUGUAGCACAAUUUUACCCUAUAUAGAGAGCAUCUCUGUAACUAUAUAAAAGCUGGUGCUUAGUUCAUUAGGAUAAAUGAGGAAGUCAUAGGGUACAGCUUAGAGAAGUGUGCAUACAGGAACAUUAAUCAGAGCCAAGUCCCUGAUCAAUAAAUACAAGGCAGGAGAUAGAGUUUCCUCUGUGGAAUGGGAAGAGUUGCUUCACUCACAUGAGGCAGAACAUUCUGUCAGGAGGAUCACUGAUCAAGCAGAGGCCAACUGCUGUAGCACCCUGAGGAAUCUUAAUGCAGAUGGAUCUCCAAAAGGACACCAGCUAGAAGAGUGAUGGGGCUGGAUAUUCGUAUAGAUCAUUAUGCUUGGAAGAAUGUGUAUGUAAAUGACCUGUUACUUGCCCUUUCCCUAGCCUGAAUUAGCUAGCUUUGCCAAGAACUGGGCUGCCAGAAAUGAAAUUUACCCUUGCCUCUGAAAAUAUUAGGGCAUAGUGGUAUCUUCUGCUGUUGCUUUUGUGGUACUUUGCUUGAGGUGUAAAUACCAGUGAUAAGCCUCUGGUGUUUGAGCUGCCAAGCGUGUGCAUUUUGUUAUGUUUAAAUAUUUCAUGCAGAAAAUGGAGUGCUCCACUGGGUGAGAUUUAAGAGUUUUAUUCAAUCUGUGUGAAGAUAUCCCAGAUGUUUUUGACUAUAACUCCCAUAAUUCUCAGCCAAAGGCCAUUGCUGCAGGGUAUGCUGGGAGUUGUAGUCAACAACAUCUAGAAUUCCUUGUUAGAGGGAAUGCUGGUUUAGCUAUUUCAUAAUUUACUACAUUUCUGUGAACUGUGAAGGAGCAAAAAGCUACUGACCACUGCAAAUUUGGCUCCUCCCCUCCCCCGGCUUUCUGAAAUUCAACCAAGAACUGCCCCUCUUUUGCAGCCUUAGGAGGAAGAUGAUGAUGAUGGAUAAUAAAGGAUAAACAUUGAGAUGCUCAGGAAGCCAAGUCCCAAGAGGAACGAUUGAAGGAGCUGGAUGUGUUUAGCCUGGAGAAGACAAGACUAAAUGGAGAUAUGAUAGCCAUCUUGAAAUACCUGAAUGGCUAUCACAGAGGAGGAGGAGCUAGUAGACACGUGUUCUCUGUUGCUCCUGAGGGCAGGACUAGAACUAGGGGGUAGAAAUUACAAGGAAGCAGGUUUAGGCUCGAUAUUAGGAGGAACUUCCUCACUGUAAGAACUGUCCAACCGUGGAACAGUCUGCCUCUCCCAGUGGUCAGCUCUCCUUCCCUGGAGUCUUCCAAGCAGAGGCUGGACUGCCAUCUGUCAGCGAUUCUGCAGCAAUUUCCAGCACUGAGCAGGGAGUUUGGACUAGAGGGCCUCUAAGGUCCUUUCGAACUCUAAAUGAUUCUGUGCUGUAUCAGACUGAAUACUUGCAUGAUAAGCUUAUAAAAUUACUAAACAGAUGGCGCUCUGGAUAUAAUGGAGCCAGGCAUAUUACUACCUUGAUUGGCAAGAGUAAUUGAUUAUCAUGGAGGUAACAAAAGGCCAUGUUCCCCUUUUAUAGAAUUUACACCAGUACUUGAAAUUACAUCAUAUAAAAAUAUUACACUAUUACUGUAUCCAUAUGAAAUACGGAACAAGCCAGGAUCUCUUCAAAACUGCAUUGAAAUGAAAGUUAAAUACCUGGCUUUUCCAGAAACAGUUAUGUUUUUACAAGAGUCCUGAGAGCAUGUAACUAUUGCUCACUAUCUUGAACAGAUAUCCCUUCCAAAGUGUAUUUGCACCAUUCUUGUGAUAAGAUGCUAGUCCAUAAGAUGGUAUGUUUCAGUCCACUUUUUUUGAUAGACAAACAUGCAUGUCGGUGACUGAACAGAACUGUGUGCAGUGCCCUUUGGAAAUUAGGCGUUCUACCUUACCUGCUUCUUUCCUCUAUAAAGAUUUGUGCCCUAGCACAAGAGGGCGACCAAGAUGAUCAGGGGCCUAGAGCACCUUUCUUAUGAGGCAAGACAACAACACCUGGGGCUUUUUAGUUUAGAAAAAAGACGACUGCGGGGAGACAUGAUAGAGGUCUAUAAAAUCAUGCAUGGCGUGGAGAAAGUGGAGAGAGAGAGAUUCUUUUCCCUCUCACACAACACUAGAAUCAGGGGUCACUCCAUGAAAUUGAUUGCCAGGAGGUCUAGGACCAACAAACGGAAGUAGUUUUUCACACAACGUGUGAUCCACUUGUGGAACUCUCUGCCACAGGAUGUGGUGACAGCCGACAACCUGGAUGGCUUUAAGAGGGGUUUGGAUGACUUCAUGGAGGAGAGGUCUAUCAAUGGCUACUAGUCGGAGGGCUGUGGGCCACCUCCAGCCUCGGGGGCGGGGUGCCUCUGAGUACCAGUUGCGGGGGAGUAAUGGCAGGAGAGAGGGCACGCCCUCAACUGCUGUCUGAGGCUUCCAGCGGCAUCUGGUGGGCCACUGUGCGAAACAGGAUGCUGGACUAGAUGGGCCUUGGGCCUGAUCCAGCAGGGCUGUUCUUAUCUUCUUAUGUAGAAGAGCAGCUGUGAUUCGAAAGCCUGUGGAUGCCUAGAUCUGUUAAAAGAUUGUAAUCUUUAUUUGUAAGCAAUUGGGCAUUUGUGGCAGCUCAACAAAGUUAAGCUAAGUUCGGUGCUCUCCUUGCUUCUUCUCACUAUAACAUUGCGGAAUUCCAUUUUUCCAGGGCUAGGAUUGAGGCCUAAACAAUGUUGAAUGAAACCAGCAGGGUGGGGCAAGAGAGGCAUAAAAAUUGCAGUUCUCUUUUUAUUGAAAUAUCUAGAGGCCCUCGGCCAGUGCAAUUUAGCAAUGCAGCUGUAAUGGCCCUCGAUGCUCCAGAAUGCAUCCCUUUUGCAUUAUUCUGUGGGUGCUAAACUGGCUACUGUUAAUUUGGUUUAGGAUCACUGGUUUGUGGAAUGGAGAAGCAGAGGGCUGGACUUUUCUAUUAGAAAGUGGAAAUUUGAAAUUGAAUUGAUUAACGUUCCUCAGUCCCCAUGUUUUUGUGCUUAAGCAGAUGAAGCCUUCUCUUUAAAUUUGCAUAACUGUUUACAAGCUUACGUGCUACCCCGAUAUUGUCAGCAGUCAGUUGCAUAAUGGACAUUGCAUAGUGUUGAGAUGCUGUUGGGGAGAAGUGCACUGUGGCAUUUUCAAGUUACCUCCGUAUCUGAGAGCAAGUUGUUUUAUUUCUCAGAUACUGAAAGAAAAUAGAUAUGGUAUUUAAUGACAACUAUGUUUGCCUCUUGACGUCUAAAUUAUCAAAUCCUAUCACUUUCGAGCAGUAAGGACACUAUGUCCCACUGUUCUUUUGCUACUGGUACAGUGGCAUUUUGAAAAUGUGUGCUUGCGCAUACGCAAAUAUGUAGGUAGCUAUUCCUUUACAACUUUGUGUAAUAAAAGAUCUAGGGCAGAACAGCUAUACAAGAGUAACUCUUUUUUGUAUCCCUGCACAGUGGGUGCAGCACAGCAGUGUGGAAUUGCUCAUAGAUCCCUGGAACCACUUAGGCCUAGAACAGUGUCUGCUGUAAACAAAGGGAGAGGGUCCCUGAGGCAGCUGAAGAGGGAUGGCGCUCUUAUCACUUUUUUUAUAAAAUGCAUGUGUGGUGCUUAGAAUUUGUCAAGUCUGUAAUGUGCUGGACAAAAGCACUGUUAUAAAAAAAAGAAAAAAAAAGCUUAGCAGUCUGUCCUCGUGUUUGCUUUCGCAAGGGCUUGGAAUUGGACUAAAAUGGGAGGGUUCUCUCCACUGUUGGGCAAGGAGCAAUUACAAAAGAGAAAAUGGGGAGGCGAGGGUUGGAGAUUAACAUGAGCAGUGUUAACAUGAGCUGGAGCAGGAAGAUUGUUUCUCCAAGCAAUCCUAUAUUGCUUCGCCUCUCCCUGGCAUGCUGGCUGCUGCUUCAGGAGAACACCUCCGUGGGAGUUGCGACUGAGCACAGAAGCAUCAUUGCAGGGGAAAGCCCAAGCAAAUGGCUGUUCUGCAAUGACUCCCUAGUGCUUUAUUGCUGUGUUUUGCAUGGAGAAUGAGAGGGAAGGCACCAGGGACACAAACCGGUGUUAGUGACAGCCAGGCUUAAUGCAUUUGUACAGAGCUACUCAUUUCUCAUCUGUGUUCUCGUUGGAAAAGUUGGCAAGGGAAAUGUUAAUAGUAUCUAUAUUUGAAGAAGAGGAAGAGUUUUGGAUCAUUAAAUAAUUUUUGCUCCCCUUAGCCAGUUGACUGUGUAUGUGAAACUCACAAUGAAAACAAAAAUAAGGUUGCCCUACCCAGGUGUUCCCAGAAUAUGUACUGUAAUUCUUUGUAUAUAAGAGAAAGCAAUUACUGUAAAGUAAAGUUCCACUUUACUCUUGA